ACACCAGUGUGUCCAAGCGGCGAAAUCGGACCGAUAAUAGUUGUAAUCGAUAAGCGCUUCUAGCUACUUCCAAGCCAAAUCUGGGUAGGACAAUCGGAGGCGACGUACGCCGCUGAUAAGAAAUAGAAGAGUGGUUCCUUAUCCCAAUCCCCGACAGAAUCGAAGAUGAAGGACCUCUUCUGGCAUUUGGUGGGCAUAGCCACCGGCUUAAAAAUCCUCCUCAUCCCCGCCUACCACUCAACAGAUUUCGAGGUGCACCGGAACUGGCUGGCAAUCACCCACAGUUUGCCCCUGGACCGCUGGUAUGUGGAGGCGACCAGCGAGUGGACGCUGGACUAUCCGCCCUUCUUCGCUCACUUUGAAUGGCUGCUGUCGCAAGUGGCCAGGUUUGUGGAUCCCCGGAUGUUGGAGGUGCAGAACCUCAACUACAAGUCCAAGGGUACCGUCUACUUUCAGCGACUCUCGGUGAUUGCCACAGAUCUGGUCUAUGUGCUCGGUGUGCGCAGCUGCCUGGGAUCUCUGGGUUUGGCGCGAGGCACGCAGCAGCACUUUGCCGGCUCCAUGCUGUUAUUGCUCAACGUGGGACUGAUCUUCGUGGACCACAUUCACUUCCAGUACAACGGAUUCCUGUUUGGCAUUCUGCUCCUGAGCAUCGGCUUCCUCAUCCGAAAGCGGUUCCUCUGGAGCGCCUUUGCCUUCGCCGUGCUGCUUAACUUCAAACAUAUAUUUUUGUAUUUGGCGCCGGCGUUUGCUGUCUACCUGCUAAGGUUCUACUGCUUGGAACAGGCGAAUGUGUUGUCCACGGCGGUUGCCCUUGUCAAGCUGCUGGCCGUGGGAUUGACACCGUUCGUCGUAUCCUUUGGACCUUUCUGGAAGCAACUGCCGCAGGUUUUUUCCCGCCUUUUUCCAUUCAAGAGGGGAUUAACGCACGCCUACUGGGCGCCCAAUUUCUGGGCUCUCUACAACACAGCGGACAAGGUGGCUUCGGGAGUCUUGAAAGUGCAGGAUGGCGGAGCUUCGACCACUUCGGGGUUGGUGCAAGAGGUUAGACAUGCGGUACUGCCAUCGAUCACACCACCUGUAACAUUCGCCUUGACUGCUCUCUUCAUGCUGCCCAUUCUGGUGAAGCUCUUCAGGAGUCCCAAAAAUCAAAGUCCUUUGGUCUUCCUGCGAGCCGUUGUCCUGUGCGGCUGCUCCUCCUUUGUGUUUGGCUGGCAUGUCCACGAAAAGGCCAUUCUCAUGGUGCUCGUCCCGCUUUGUCUCCUGACCCUUGUUAACCGGGAGGAUGCCCGGUACGCCUACAUCCUGGCCGUUGCCGGCUACUUCUCAUUGUUUCCGCUGCUCUUCGACGCGGAUCUCUUCAUUCCUCGGUAUUCCCUGUAUAUGUCCUACGUGGCCAUGCUGUACGGCCAACUGUACCGCAUCUUUCCCGGUUUCCGGGGCUUCCACGCUCUCGAAUGGCUGUACAUGCUGGGCUUUCUGGCCAUUCCGCUUUACGAGCACUUGCUCUCAUUCCUGCUGCACUUGGACAAGCGUCUGCCCUUCCUGCCACUCCUGCUGACCUCUGUUUACUCGGCGCUCGGGGUGCUCUAUUUCUUUGGGGCCUACUAUUUGUACGCCUUGGGCUUUAGCUUUGGCAAGGUGGCCAUCGUAUCCUCGUCAUCCUCAACGUCGGCUGUUAACAUAAAGAAAGGAAAACGAAAAACGAAAUAAACUAAGCAAUAUAAUGAA